AUGUCUGAGCAAUUUUAUAGUGCUCACCAAACUAACAAAGGUCAUUCGGGUCCAACAGAUUUCAUGUACACUACUAGGAGUUCUGAUACUUCAUGGCCUUAUUUUCAACAACCUUCGGAUUCCAGUAAUCAAAAUCUAUUUCCAACUUUUAGUUCAGAUUCAAACAACCCAAAUAUGUUUCCAACUUAUAGCUCAAAUUCUGAAGAUCAAAAUAUGUUUCCAACUUAUAGCUCGAAUUCAGAAAAUCAAAAUAUAUUUCCAACCUUUAGUUCAGAUUCUAAUCUAUUUGAUAACCUCUUUAGUUCUACUGAAAUAGAUUUCACUCUAUGGCCAAAUGAUCCUCCCGCUAUUCCUCCAAGGCCCCUAAGUAUUCAUCAUCAUCAAAACAUUCAAGCAACAAAUUCAACUAAUCUUGGCAUUCAUCAUUCUACCGGUAUAAACCCUGUGGGUGGUCGAUCAUCUGAUGUCGGAUUUAGUAAUACUUCAUUAGAGUUUCAAAAUACGGGUGGAGAUAUUCUGCUUGCAGAUGAAACCACUAAUGCCCCGUUAAACAGCAGUUUUCCCGUUUUGGCCAAUUCAGAUAAAAAUAAUAACAUACAAAAUUUUAAUGAUCAAAAGGAAGACCAACCGUUAAGUCCUACUACUAGUCUUAACGGUACUAAUAAACUUACUAGAAAAAAACCAAUAAGUCAUUUACAUUUAAAAAAUCGUAAGAAAAGAUUUUCUAAAGAACAACAACAAUUAAUCUCUCCAAAUACUACUACUUCUCCUUUUUCUUCUCCGAACGUUAUUCCUUCUCCCGCUCAGUCUCCAAGAAUUAUUCCUUCUCCUGUUCAAUCUCCAAAAAUUAUUACUUCACCUAUUCAAUCUCCAAAAGUUAUUCCAUCACCCUCUCUAUCUCCAAGAGUUACUCCUUCCCCAAACAUCAUUCCUUCUUCUUCUUCUCUUUACUCUUCAAAAAUUCCUUCUUAUUCUGAAGAAAGUUUACAUAGUCUAAAUGUUCGUUCUCCAAAUAUUGGCGCUUCUUUUUCUGAAACACAUCUUCCCGCCAUAAAUUCCUCUUCUCAAAAUAAUCUUUCUCAAAGUAGACCUACUACUCCUUUAUUAAUCCCAAUUAAUUAUAAUAAUCAUGGCAAACAAUCUUUUAGUACUCCUUCUUCUCCUGUAUUAUCUCCAAAAAGUUUUAACAACUAUGGUCAAGAAGAAUUUAAUUAUAAUAACAAUACCAUUAGAAACUCUCAAUCUACUUUUGCUUCAAAUAAUAGUAGCUUUGAAAAUCAUUAUAAUUUACCAAAAUCCCCUUCUCCUGAUUAUAUAAAUCGUUCAAAUAGUUCUUUUGAUCAAUUAGAUUAUCCAAAUAAUCUUCAUGAUCGUCGUCCUAGUCAUGCUUCAACUUUUAAUAGUUAUAUUAGUGAUGGAACUAAUAUAACUUCUAUUUCAAAUUUUAAUAAUCAAAAUACUAAAUCUAAUAAUAAAUCAAGGCACAAACCACAAAAAUCUGUUGGAAAAAUUUCUAAUCUAUUUAAAAGUACUUCAAAAGAUCAUAAUCCAAUUUAUCAACAAGCUAUUCAAGCUUUAGAAGAUUUACAAUAUAGUCAAGCUAUUUAUUUAUUUACUCAAAUCUUAAAAGAACAUCCUAAUAGUUACUCAAUUAGGUGUGAUCGUGCUUAUGCUGCUUAUCAAGUUGAAGAUUGGGAUAGAGCUAUUAACGAUUUAAAUCAAGCUAUUACCAAGAAACCAAAAAAAGCUCGAGCUUAUUCUUUAAGGGGUGAAGUUUAUCGUUUAAGAUCUAUGUUUGAUAAAGCUUUGGCAGAUCUUAAUAAAUCUUUGAAAAUACAAAAAAGUAUUUUCGCAUUAAGAUCAAGAGCUGAAGUUUAUAGUUCUACUCAACAAUAUCGUGAAUCUAUUUUAGAUUUAGAUUUAGCUUUAGAUAUUGAACCAAAAAAUGUUUUCACUAUGGUACGUAGAGCAAAAGUUUAUUGUUUACUUGGAUUAUAUGAUAAUGCUUUGAAAGAUUUGAAUUAUGCUCUUGAAAUUGAUAAGAGUAAUGCAGCUUCAACAUUAGCAAAUCGUGGAGAAAUUUAUCGAAUUAUAGGACGUUAUGAUUUAGCUCUUGUAGAUUUAGAUACAGCUUUAAAAAGUGAAGAAAAUAUAAUGGCAUUAGAAAGAAGAGGAUUAGUUUAUAGAUCUUUAAAUAAAGAUCAAGAUGCUUUAUCAGAUUUUGAUAGAAUUUUACAAAAAGAACCUCGACAUUUUAACGCUCAUAAGAAUAAAGCUGAAAUUCUUACAAAAAUGGAAAAAUAUGAAGAAGCUCUUACUCAUAUGAGUAUUGCUUUACAAAUAUCACCUUUUGAUUUUCAAUUAUUAAAAAAUCAAGGUGAAGCUUAUCAUUCUCUUGGUUAUUAUGAUGAUGCUAUAAAAGAUUUUACUUCAGCUUUAAGAAUUGAUCCUAAUGAUGUAGAAAUACUUCGAAAAAGAGGUGAAAUUUAUCGAUUACUUCAAGAUUUUGAAAAAGCUUUAAAUGAUUUUUCAAGAGCUAUAGAACUUGACCCUACUUGCGUAUAUGCAUUAGCUCGACGUGGUGAAGUUUAUAGAAUGGCAAAACAAGGUCAUAAAGCAUUAAAAGAUUUAGAUGAAGCGAUUAAACUUGAUCCUGAUAAUGUAAUGGCACGUGAAAGUCGUGCCGUUUAUCGAGCUUUGAAAUCAAAUACUAAGGCAGUAUUAGAUUUAGAUCGAGCAUUAGAAAACAUAAGAGAUAGAGCUUUUAAUAUUGAUCAUGAAACUAAAGCUUUAUGCAAUCGAGGAGCUGUCUAUAAUACAUUAGGGAAAUAUAAUGAAGCGUUGACCGAUUUGAAUAAGGUUUUAUUAAGAGAUCCGAGCAAUGUAAUUGCAUUAUGUGAACGAAGUGCAGUUUAUGAUGCUUUAGGAAAAAAAGAGAAAGCGGUGGUGGACAUUGAUAAGGCGGUAGCACUUGAACCUGGAAAUGAAGCCGCUAUUAAUCAACAAAAAAAACUUAAAUCAUAA